AUGGCUUCUUUAGAACAUGUAUGUCUUUUUAUCGCAGGUCAACCUUUUGUUGCUAGACCAUGGACUCUACUGGUAGAGCAAGAAUUGGCUGAGCUGAAGACUGUUCCUAUUUGGAUCAACAUGAGGAAUGUUCCUUUGCAUCUCUGGAAUGUAAAAGGCCUAGGUAAACUUGCUAGUUUCAUUGGUGUACCUUUAAUGUUGGAUAAACAAACUGCAACCAGGUCUCGUAUGAAUUAUGCAAUGGUUUUUGUUGAGGUUACUGUGGAUUCAGAUUUACCAAGUCAUAUUGAUGCUUUAGUGGGAAAUACUAAAAUCAAAGUUCCAGUGGAAUACACAUGGAAACCCCAGAAAUGCUCUCAUUGUGUUGUAUUUGGACAUACUCAAAACAAAUGUGUUGCUGCUAUUGUUGCUGCCUUUGUUGCUGCUGCUAAUUUGGCUGCAGAUGAAGCAGCUAAAAAACUUAUUGCCACAACUGCAGAACAAAGUAAGAAGGCUGGAGGUAAUGAAGGAUGGGUUGUUAAAAAUUUGAAAAGAGGUAGAAGCAAGAAUUUCAAUAAGGAGAAUAUUUCUAGUUCUUCAGGUGGUGCUUCAAGUAGUGGGACAAAAAGUGUAAUUGAAAAUCCUUUAUCCGUGAAGAAUAAAUUUCAUCAGCUGGAUGGGGAUACAACAAUUGAUAAUAUGGAGGUGACUUUGUCUUCUGGUAGUAAGGAUAAUGGCAAUAUCCUUACUCCUAGUAGUCUGGAAAAUGGUGUUGGGGUUAUGGAAACUUCUAAGACUUUAGAAGUUCAGGAUGGUACUGGGAUUUCUCAAAUGAAUGUUGAAGAAGGGUCUAGGUUUGUCCAAUCUCAGGUUGAAAAAUUGGAUGUGACUCAAAAGGGGGGAGAGUUGGAUGGUGCUAGAGUUCACUUCUUACGUAAAUCAUCUAUCCAAGGGAAGAAUGUGUUGAAUGUGAAGGAUACUGAAAAGAAGCCUGGGAAGAUUAAGAAAUCUAAUCCUCCCCUUGUUUAA